AUAAAAUACGAGCAACAAUGACAGAUGCUCAACAUUCUUCAAUUAUUAUCACAUCUUACACUUGGUCCAGAGAUUCCUUCAGUCUUUUUGAUUAUAAGUGAAAGGAAAUAGAAGUGAAAAACUUUAAAGGCUCAGGUAGUUUUCAUAUAUACAGAGAUAAAGAUAAUGGUAUAUAUUGUUCAGCAGAGAAGCUAGGCCUCAAUGAUAUACUUCAUAUUGCUAGGUGGAAGGAUACUUACUACGUUGCUCCAUCAGGCAUAGAUGAUGACUCUAACCUUUAUUGUAACCAAGCAUGGAACUUGAUGAACCAUCAAGAAAUGAACCAUCAUGGGUUCAAGGGUAAAUAAGCUAAAUUUAGGAGACGUGCUUAAGCUAGGGAGAUUCAUUUUCAGAGUAAAGGAAAUCUCCCAUAGAAAUACAAAUGAAAAAGCAUUGAUGGCUACUAAUCUAGAUAUGUAUCUGACAUCUUUUUAUCAGACAAAGCAGCUAGGCAAUUAUCAAAUGAACAAGAGCCUUGUUAAAAGACCUAGAAGAGUUAGAAAUAAGAAGAGCAGUAAAAGAACGUCACAGGAACAAGAAAAAGAAGAUUUCUUGUGUAGAAUCUGCCUGAGUAGUGUUCAAUCAAAGGAAGAUCCAUUCAUUUCGCCUUGAAACUGCUCUGGAACAAUGAAGUAUAUCCACUUUUCCUGUAUAAAAGAAUGGAUGGAUAGUAAGAAAUCUAUAAAUGGUGGUGAUAAUUACCAAAGAAUUACGUGGAAAGACGUCAAAUGAGAACUUUGCAAAUCGAUUAUAGACUACAAAGAUAAUAGAGGUCUCGAAUAUGGAAUGAACGAGCUAAACAUAUUUGAAUUUGAACGACCGAGCAGUGAUAAUUGGAUUAUUCUGGAAGCUCUGAACACUGAGCAAUUCUCAGAGGAGCAGGUAAAAGUGUAUCACAUCUUCGAUUUCAAGCAAAAAUAAGACCUUAGUAGUUGGCAGAGGCUAUAAAGCUGAUGCCAAGAUCAAUGACAUCAGCAUUUCUAGAGUCCAUGCGUUUCUUAAGGCCAGAGAAAAUGAGAUAUGGCUCCAAGAUUCAGAUUCUAAAUUUGGUUGUCUCUACUUGCAAUAGAGAGACCAUACCAGAUUCAGCCAGGUAAUGAUUUAGUGUACUUCCA